AUGCCUAUUUAUGUGAAGUUCAUGAAAGAGAUAUUAUCGAGAAAGGGAAAGUUGAAACUUGAUGAAAACAUCGCUUUGGCGGAAGAGUGUUAUGCUAUCAUCCCGAGGAAGCUUCCACAAAAACUCACUGUUCCAAGUAGUUUUAUUAUUUCGUGUUCCAUCGGUUCGCUAACCAUUAAUCACGCAUUAUGUAAUUUAGGAGCUAGCAUCAAUCUAAUGUCGUUAUCCAUGAUGAGAGAGUUGAAGUGUGGUGAACCAAAGCAAACAAAUAUGAUCUUGGCACUAGUUGAUCGCUUGAUUACAUAUCCAUAUGGAGUGCUUGAAGAUGUCCUUAUUAGCGUUGAUGGGCUAUUGUUUCUAGAUGAUUUCGUAAUUCUUGACACGUCUAAAUAUUUUGAAAUAUCAUUAAUGUUAGGAAGGCAAUUCUUGGCAACAAGUAAAUCUCUCAUAGAUGUUGUACUGGGACAAUUGAAACUAAGAUUUAACAAAGAAAAAGUUGUCUUCAAUUUGUUUGAAGCACUAAAGCCCCACAAGGAAAUUCCUCAGUGUUACUAG